GUAUGUACAUACUUUGACUAUAAAGAUUUGAUCUUUUUAGCUUCUUUCUACUAUUUAUUAGUCUCUUUGCUUCUGAAGAAAAAUUGGCCUUUAUUCAAGAUGAUCUUUAAAUUGAGGUAAGAUCAAGAAUAGUUUGAAAAUUAGUUAUUAUUUGCAUGGAGAGUCAAAGAAUUGGAGAUACAACAAGUACUUCGUCAAUUGAUCAUCACAUGCCUUAUAAUACAAGUUUCAUGUAUCAUUCCACACUAAAUAGUAAUAAUAAUCAAGAACCACCAACUUUUGAUUUUGGAGAAUUGGAAGAAGCUAUUGUUUUACAAGGAGUUAAGAUGAACAAUGAUGAUUCUUUUAAAUCACCUUUAUAUGGAGCAGGCAUAAACAGACCUGCAGCAACUCUGGAGAUGUUCCCUUCUUGGCCCACUAAAGUGCAUGACACCCUAAGAGGAAGCUCAAAAUCAAUAGGAGGAGAACAAAGUAGUGAUUCAGAUUCAGCACUAAACACUACUAUUUCUAGUAGAGGUGAAGCAAAUGUGGAACUAGAAUCACCUUCAAAAUCCAACUAUGAAAAGACUUUGAGACGUUUAGCACAAAAUAGAGAAGCAGCAAGAAAAAGCAGACUAAGAAAAAAGGCUUAUGUACAACAACUAGAAACAAGUAGGAUGAGACUUGCUCAACUAGAACAAGAACUUCAAAGGGCUAGAUCUCAGGGGAUUUUCAUGGGAGGUGGUUCUACUGGUCCCAAUAUCAGCUCUGGUGCAUCGAUGUUUGACAUGGAUUAUUCAAGAUGGUUAGAUGAUGAUCAAAGACAAAUAUGUGAGCUACGUACAGCAUUGCAAGCACAUUUAGGAGAUGGUGAACUUAGAAUAAUUGUUGAUGCUUAUAUUGCUCAUUAUGAUCAUAUUUUUUUACUCAAAGGAGUUGUUGCCAAAUCCGAUCUCUUUCACCUCCUCACUGGUAUUUGGGCGUCCCCCGCUGAGCGCGGUUUCCUUUGGCUCGGUGGUUUUAAGCCGUCUGACCUCAUCAAGAUGUUGAUUACGCAAUUGGACCCUUUAACACAACAACAAAUUGUUGGAAUUUAUAGUCUCCAACAAUCAUCACAACAGGCUGAAGAAGCACUUUCACAAGGCUUAGAACAAUUAAAACAAUCUUUAAUUGAAACUAUAGCCACUUGUUCUGUCAAUGAUGGCAUGCAUCAUAUGGCUAUUGCAUUGGGAAAACUUGCAAAUCUCGAAAGUUUCGUCCAUCAGGCUGAUAAUUUGAGGCAACAAACAAUACACCAAUUGCAUAGAAUAUUGACAAUUAGACAAUCAGCAAGGUGUUUCAUGAUGAUUGGUGAAUAUUAUGGUCGAUUAAGAGCCUUAAGUUCCCUAUGGGCAUCACGUCCUAGAGAGACUAUGAUGGCAGAUGACAACUCUUGUCAAACAACAAGUGAAUUGCAAAUGAUACAAGCAUCACAACACCAUUUCUCAAUGAGAUGAUCAUUAUUAUAUAUAUAUCCAUUCUUGAUAUAUAUACAUAUAUAUAAAUUAAUAUUACUCUUAUAUUGUAAAUGUAUAAAUCAAUUUUAUUGUGCACAACUACUUCAACAACUUCACAUAAUUGUAAAUCAAUAUCUUCAUGGGUAUAAGUAUCGAGUAACUUAAAUUA